AUGAUCAUCAAGGAAUAUAAAGUAAUUAAUAACUGUACAUGCGAAGAAUAUCAAGUAGCUCAGUUGUAUACUGUUGCGGAAGCUUCAAAAGACGAAACAGGAGGAGGGGAAGGGGUAGAAGUAAUCAAGAAUGAACCAUAUGUAAAUGAUGAAAGCAAAGGACAAUACACUAAAAUUCCCGCGAUUAUUCGUCUAAUAGCACCGAAUGGAUCACUUGAAUUAUAUGAGGAGGCAUGGAAUGCUUUCCCUCAUUGUAAAACUGUUUUGACUAAUGGAUAUAUGAAGGGAAAUUUUAAAUUAGUUACAGAGACAAUGCAUGUUGAUAACAGUCGUGGUGAAAUCGAAAACGCUUUGAACAUCCCUAAAGAUUUGCUUGAAAAACGAAAAAGUGUGAUCAUUGAUAUUGCAAAUGAUUGCAUUGAUCAAAAAGAUUAUAGAGAGGAUCAAGAUCCAACUUUAUAUCAUUCCGAAAAAACCGGUCGAGGUCCUUUGAAAGGUGACUGGAUUAAGACAGUUACACCGGUUAUGACUUGUUAUAAACUAGUUACUGUUGAAUUUAAGUGGUUUGGCAUGCAAAGUAAAAUCGAGUCUUUCAUUCAAAGUAAAAUGCAAUCAUUGUUCACAAAAUUUCACAGACAACUUUUUUGCUGCACUGAUAAAUGGUUUGGUAUGACUAUGGAUGAUAUUCGAGCUUUUGAAGAUAAAACUAAAGAUGAUCUGGACGAGUCUCGUUCAAAUCCGCCAGUCCAAGAAUUUUAA